AUGUCAUAUCAAAAUCCAAACAGUGGUUCCGAUGAACAUCCAGUUAUUCGAAAAUACGAAACACAAUUUCGUAAUUUAUUUAGCGACCUAGCCAACGAUUUUCGCGGUCAACUUGGUUCAGCAGGUGGUGUUCGCGGGAUUGGAAAUGAACUAAUUAAUCAAACGUUUGGUGGUGCAAGUGGCCCUGCUAUUGACAUCUACGAGGGAGAGAAUGAAUGGAUUGCUCAUGUAGAGGUUGCUGGUGUACCACGCGAGAACAUUACUCUUGACGUACACGGUCAAGAACUAGUAAUCAGCGGAGAAUAUAAAGAACAUAAAGACCUUUCUAGCCACAACAUUCUCCGAAAAGAACGUAAAUCCGGUAGUUUCAAAAGAAGUGUCACGAUUCCACUUGGAUACAAAACGGAGGAUAUUGAUGCACAUUAUCAAGAUGGUAUAUUAACGGUGAAGAUUCCAAGGAAUCACGCAUUUCAACCAAAACGUAUCAGUAUUAAAUAA